GAUCUCACGACAAUUUUUCGCCUUACUCAAUCCAUGAAUGUUUCUUUCUAGAAUUUUAGUAUUUUCGCCGAAAUUCGAAUAAAACUUUUAUUUUUAAAAAUUUAUUAUAUAUCCUUAGCCCCCUAAAAAAAAGUGAGAUAAAUAAAGGGGGGGAAGUAUCAAGUUACUUACGAAUAAACCCCUCUACUCGUUUAUUUACUCCUUCAAAACACUUUAAAAGUUUUUUUAAAAUUAUUUCUAUUUUCGCGGUGGAUGACGCGUAUCCAAAACGCAUCUUAUUUUUGAUAAUUGUCGCAUCCUAAUUUUGAAUAUUUAGCCAUUUCCCCUUACCCUCAACGUCAUCGUAAAAAUAUACGAAAUCGAAUUUCUAAAAUUUUUCGCGCGUAAGGUGAUCAAAAGUUUAAUAUAAUUCUCAGACAAUUAUUGCUUUUUUCCUUCUUUAUCCAUGUCGCGUAGGAAACAAGACAAUCCCCAACACAGGAAAAAUAACGGAGCGGCAUUUGAAGAUAACCGAUAUUUCCCGGAUUAUAAUGCUAUCGAUCAUUCGUCUUCCCCCAAUCGUUCAUCUUUGGGGCAUUCGAAGAACGUUCUUUAUCCCGGUUCCGGAGAUGCCACCGGUUUGAAAAAUUUACUAUUAACGACGGGCCAACCCUAUCCAUCCAGUUUUCCUUUACUUUUCCCCCCAUUUUACCCUCCCAUGCGCUCGUCGCUCUCUAGUUACGAUAGCAAUAAGGGAUUACCUCAGCACAAUCAUAAAGCCACGGAGAUGGUACCCGCUAUCGAUAAUAGCGAGAUGGACGAUAAACGUCGGAAUAUGAAUCUACCGAUGACUUUGAGGAGGAACGGGAUCCAGAAUAAUAUAUUAGAAAAUGGGCUUUCCCCUCAGGACAAAAUUACGUGUGGUCAUUGCCGACUCUCCUUCGAUUUGAAGGACAUUUCGUCUUUCGUCACGCACAAAAUGAGGGAGGACAAAAUCAAGAAAAUUUCUACUAGAUACCGUUCCCCGCCGUUCGACGAAAAUUGUCCAAGGACCCCGUCUCCAAGUUGUCCAAAAUUUAAUCGCGAUCCUCUACCUUCCGAUCGUUUAACGAUAAAUGGGCGCUCGUAUCAUGACGAACAGUCAAAAUUAAUCAGGUCUUAUUCCGAACCGACAUUGAUCGAAUUCGAAAAAUACUCGCAUCAUGAUACGCUCCCUGACAGUGAUAAUAACAUUAUAGUUAAUUAUGAUAAUGUUGACAAAAACAACCUAACGAGAUAUACCGGUAUCCCUAGACUAAGAGUGAACUUACUCAAUACGGUAAUCUGCGAUGAAUUAUCGGACGUUAGGAAUGAACAUACUCAAUACUAUAUUUUAAACGGGUUUCGGCUACGACCUAAUCCUGAUGGUUAUUUAAUCGAUGCUCAUCGAGCAACAUUGAACCCCGUGACCAAUGGUAUAUCCAUGUUAGACGCUAAAUAUGACGUGUUGGAAGAUUGUAACAAACUCGAUCGUCAUAAAAAUUCAGAUGAAGCAAAUAAAAACAAUUCUGGGGAUACGAAAACCGCAUAUAAGAAUAGGGACGAUUGUACCCUAUCGAAGAGUCGAUCUUUCCCUAAUUUGGUGGUUCGUCCUAUUCUUUCUAAUAUGGCCGGCAAGAAGAAUCGAUUGAACUCUGAUCAAAUCAAGUCUUAUGAAACUUCCACAAGCCGGGCGAAAUGUAUUCCUUUGAUUUCUCUCUUGCGGAAAAACGACGACUCAAAGGAUCUAAUCAUAGACGACAACAAGAAAAUCGCGAAUUUCGCCCAUCGAGGAAUAAAACCUUACAAAUACUUUUGUGUUCGCUGCAAAUACUCGACCAGCAGAGCCUGGCACUUGAUUCUUCAUUCAAAAUUGGCCCACAAAUAUAAUCUUUGCCGCUUGGGAUACGAUUACGUCCACGGUCUCGAUAGUAAAAUCAAUAAAUGUCAAUCGACCCACAAUUAUUAUCGUAACAAAAAAGAUAUGACCAACGGUAAUUUUGUCGACUACGCAAAUCGUUCUGGUAAACAGACCUAUAGAGGAGGUUCAUCCGAUUCCAACUAUUGGGAUGCUUGGUUAAAUCGCUCUCUAGGUCCUCCCCAGAUAGUUCCUUACGAAAAUUGUAAUUUUCCUCCCACUAAUUCCUAUAUUGGAGAUAACAACUCUACCCGUAAUGGUGCAUUGCAAAAAUUGAUUUUGGAAAAGACCUCUGACCACCCGCUGUUUAAUCAUUUAUACGAUCGUAGAUCAAUGAUGAAUGAAUACGCAAGACGUUACUACUCCGCCAUUUAUGACGAGACACCACCCUUAAAGGAGGAUAAAAAGGAGUACAUCGAUAAGAUAUUCGGGCCAGGAAUCGAAAAGACUCUUCAGCAACAAAUUCGUGCAGAAAAAAUCGAAAUAAGAGAUAGGGAUACAAGAAAACAGGUCAUUUCGGAUGGGGAAGACGACGAAUACGAAGAAGGGGAGGAAGGUGAAGAAGAGGAGGGAAACGCGCCAACUACUUCCUCUCAUACCAUUGAUCGAAAUUCGGAGAGUAGAUGGAUCAAUCACGCAUUCAGGAAUCAUGAAUACGACUUUUACAAUCCUAGCAUGAUUUUAACUAACAAUAAGCGUGCCCGAUAUGAUAGCCAAAACUAUGGUUUUUCGAAUAAGAAGCAGAUUAUGCCAACCGAUGACAGACACCGCAAAGAAUCUUUAUCCAGUAACGGCAACGAUAUUAACCCUGAAAUGGAUAUGGAAAAUUUUUACGCGAGCAGUCCUUAUCAUUCAGACCCCUAUUCUUGUCGUCAAUACAAUCCUGCCGCUAAGACAGGCAUUUCGCCAUACCAUCCUGAUAAACCUACCGGGAAUAGAUACUACUCUGCAAAAGAUAUUAAAGCCGAUGCUAACGGUAUAAAUAGCAAUAACUCAUCUAACAUGCAACCUCCUUCAGAUACUCACACCGUUAACGGUACUAGCAAUGGUGGUAACAAUAAAAUCAAGUGUUGCGAAUUUUGCGGAAAGUCCUUUAAAUUUAUGAGCAAUCUAAUCGUUCAUCGACGGUCCCACACCGGUGAAAAACCAUACAAAUGUUCUCUGUGCUCUCACGCUUGUACUCAGGCCAGUAAGCUUAAACGGCACAUGAAAACGCAUUUAAAUAAGUCUCUACCUAGCGCGAAUAAUAAUAAUUUGGACCUUGUAUCAGAACUUAAUAAAACAGUCAACCCGUUUAACAUAACCAACGAUUCUUUGACUAUCGACCAGGUGUCAUCGCAUCCCUCAGAUUACGCUCCUCAAUUAAAUUACAGAGAUCAUCAAAAUUAUAUGGUUAAAAGAGAGGGCGAUGAAGUUGAAGAGGAAAGUAUUUCACAACAGGGGCCUAUAAUCGCUUCUCACAAUAGAGAAGCUGAUGAGAAUGAUUCUAACGUAUUGAAAUGUUUAGAUAUCAACGCGAAUUCGACCGAAAAUUCUAAGUUUUCGCAAUCGCAUAGCGAAUCAUCUGAAGAAAAAUUCGUAGAAAAAGUUUUCAAAGAAAGGGCCUUAUUGAGUCGAGACGAGAAGAUAUCUUUAUUAGGGCAAGUGAUGGAAAAUUAUGGUCUCGAUUGCAUGCAGACAUAUAAUGACGCUUACAUGCAAGCUAUUAAGGAUUCUAACAUGGGUUUCCCACAAAGAAAUAAAUGCUUGAACGAGAUGUUAGAUCAGGAUUCUAACACCUCCCCAUUCUUCGGCACUAAAAAUAAGUUAGACGAUGAGUUAAAUCAUUUCAAAAAUUUGAAAACGAUACAACAUCACUACCCGAAAGACCAAUUUGCGGCCGACAAAAUUAGUGGCGACCUAUCCCAUCUUUACAAAAGGAAUCCUACAAUUAACGAGGAAUGCAACGAUCGCGAACCCACAUUGAAUGAAGAUGACGAAUAUAAGAACAACGAUCAUUUAGUUAUAGAUGAAAAUAAUAGCAGAUUAUCCAUAGUAAAUACAACGAAUAAAAUUACGACGGAAAAUGGUCUCUCUAAUUCCGGUGAAGAAAGCUCUUUAUUUCCUACGAUGUCCACAAUCAACAAUGAUGGUGUGAUUCGCGACGCCAUUUGGUCUGACAACACCUGCUUAACAUCUAAAGAGGCAGAAACCAAUCCAACCGAAACAGGUCUUGAGGAUAAUAUUUCUGCUGAAUUACCAUCAACCUCUUAUUCCCAUUCCAUUAUCAACUCGAAUAUCUCAGUACCAGUUAACAAUGUUGGUAACGAUAACCCUCCGCCUGUCACAAACAAGAGAAGCGCCACAUGCGAAUACUGCGGCAAGCUUUUCAAAAAUUGUAGUAAUCUAACCGUGCAUAGGCGAAGUCACACAGGAGAAAAGCCUUACAAAUGCGCUUUGUGCUCUUAUGCUUGCGCUCAAAGUUCUAAACUAACCCGACACAUGAGGACCCACGGGAGACUAACGGACAAAGUUGUGUACAAAUGCCAAUUUUGUGACAUGCCUUUUUCUUUACCGACAACACUUCAAAAGCAUAUGAGGAAAUGCAUCCUUUCCUUGAAUUCUAAUAAUUUAAUUAGCACCAACGGAUUUAAGCAGGAAUCUAACAACGGUGAUAACGCUGAACACCACUUCCAUAGUAAUAUAAAUUCCAACUCUGUUACUUCGACAUACCCUAACCUCAAUGGCUUUAACGGGCCUCAACAACAUCAGAACUUUGGUUCAAAUUCUCUGGCCGGAAUAGAUAUAGAAACGCUUAAGAUGACUCCGAACGACUAUUAUACCAAGUACUUUGCCAAUUCCGCCUUCAUUAAUCGACAUCAUCCAUAUUAUCGUAAAAAGGCCGAAAAUGGCACCAGGAUCGAAUACAAAAAUCCCCCCAUUCUUAACGGUGACGAUUCCGCAUCGGACAAGCUCGAUAAAGGUUCUAAUGGACUUGAAAAUGGGAAUUCACCUGGAGGAAUUAUUGAAGGUCAGGAAAAGGAUGAUGUGGCUUCCGUUUUUGCACAAAAUCAUUACAACUACAACGUUGGUAACCAAAUUAACCAGCGAAGAACAACUGGUUACAAUAAAAAGCUGCCAGCCCUUAUCGGUAAACAGCGGCAGCAUGGAGAUGAUGGAGAAGCUGAAGGAGGUAUCGGCAUUACUGGUGGUAACAACCAUUUUGAACAUAAUAACGUUAAACUAAACGGAGUGCCUCUUCAAAUGCAGGACCAUAAAAGACUCCAGAGUGAUUUCAAUCCAAUGACGGAUCGAAGCCUCAAACAGGACGAAGAGGAAGAAGAGGACCAGGAGGAAGAGAUAACAAAUGAGGGAAAUGAUAUGGAGAGAAAAGAGGUCGGGGGGAUGACCAACGGUUUCGAUAACGGUGCAGUUAUUUCCCAUUAUAUGGCAAGAAUGGGUUUACCUUUCUUCCCUUCACCAAAUAAUAAUAUCAAGCCGCGUUCCGAUAAAUAUUUAACAAGGAGACAACCAUCUCUCUCUUUUUCCGACCCGCCAUUGGUUCAUUCUUCGUCUCAAGCCUCCUCCACUUUCGAUUUCCAUAAUUUUUACGCUUCAGCCUAUUAUGCCAAUUAUGUUAAGAUGGCGGCCGCAUAUUUUUCGCCGCCCCCUCCUAGUAGUUCUGACUACAUGCGUAGCCAAAUGAAUGAGGUUAAGAGAGAAAAAGUUUCUCAUGAGGAAGGAAAAAAUAACAUUUCGUAGCGAUCGCCAUUUUUAAUCAAUUUUGGAGCCUUUGGUUUUUUUAUGUCUAUAAAAUAGAUGUCAUAAUAUUCUUAGCUCGUAGGUUGAAUCACUUC